AAAGAAAGAAACAAUAAAAUUAUUUAAUAAUUGAAGGGAGGGGAAGGAGCUGUCGGCUUCGACCAGGCAAGGACGAUCCAAAUCCACAUCUCUUCCCUGCAGACAACCCUUUUACCUCCCAAUUCCCCCCACACCCCAUUUUCUCUCUCCUCUUUUUUUCGUCUAAAAACCCUAUUUUUUUUUUUUUUUUAUUUUCUCCUCAAAAUUCCAUUUUUUCUUUGUGGGUAAUUUUAUAUUUUGCUUGUUGAAUAUCUGAGCUUGAAUUUGGUACUUGGAUCAUAAGGGAGUGUUAUUUUCGCCAAAAAUUUAGACCCGGCUUUUUAUGGGUCAUUUUGAUCUAAUUUUAGCUCAGAUCGGUCCUCCUGUUAUUGAGUAACAAGUUACACGUUUCACAACCUCGGGGAGGACUGAGGAGAUUUUAUUAUAUAUAGGGAGAUUUGGUGUGACUGUGGGUAGCUUCUCAUGGCGCUCCAAGGCACUCAUCGAUCUGGUGGACGGCCAGAGCAAGAUGCUUUGUACAAGGAGCUCUGGUUUGCCUGUGCUGGACCACUAGUAAAUGUUCCUCGUGAAGGGGAGCGUGUUUAUUACUUUCCUCAAGGUCACAUGGAGCAGCUUGAAGCUUCAACACAUCAGGGAUUAGACCAGCAGAUGCCUUCAUUCAAUUUGCCAUCUAAAAUUCUUUGCAAAGUGGCUAAUAUUGAACUGCGGGCGGAACCUGAAACAGAUGAAGUUUAUGCUCAGAUAACUCUGGUUCCUGAAAGAGAUCAAAGUGAAGUUACAAAGCCUGACGCUCCGGUGCCUGAUCCUCCAAGGUGCAACGUGCAUUCAUUUUGCAAGACACUAACAGCUUCUGAUACUAGCACACAUGGUGGAUUCUCUGUGCUUCGCAGGCAUGCAGAUGAUUGCUUACCCCCCCUGGAUAUGUCUCAACAGCCACCUUGGCAGGAGCUUGUUGCUACAGAUCUUCAUAGCAACGAGUGGCAUUUUCGUCAUAUUUUUCGAGGGCAACCAAGACGCCACCUACUGACUACAGGGUGGAGUGUGUUUGUUAGUUCCAAGAAGCUUGUAGCUGGUGAUGCAUUUAUAUUUUUGAGAGGAGAAAAUGGAGAACUGCGCGUUGGAGUGAGGAGGCUGAUGAGGCAGUUGAACAAUAUGCCAUCUUCUGUUAUUUCUAGUCAUAGUAUGCAUCUUGGUGUUCUCGCCACAGCAGCCCAUGCAAUUCAAACGGGAACCCUCUUUUCAGUUUUCUACAAGCCAAGAACUAGUAGGUCUGAAUUCCUUGUGAGUGUGAACAAGUACCUGGAGGCCAAGAGCCACAAGCUUUCUGUCGGUAUGAGGUUCAAAAUGAGAUUCGAAGGUGAUGAAGUUCCUGAAAGAAGGUUCAGUGGCACUAUUGUUGGCGUCAAUGAUACUUCUUCAUCAAGUUGGGAAAAUUCUGAAUGGAGAUCUUUGAAGGUUCAAUGGGAUGAACCUUCAUCGAUUGUGCGCCCGGAGAGAGUUUCACCGUGGGAAUUAGAACCGCUGGUAGCCACAAAUGCUAGCAACACCCAGCCUACUACUCAAAGGAAUAAGCGGCCACGACCUGCUGUGAUGCCAUCAUCAGCGACAGAUUUGUCUGCACUGGGCAUUUGGAAGUCUCCGGGUGAAUCUCCUGUGGCUGCAUCUGCUGACGUCGAGCGUACACGUGAUCAGUUUUCGUCCGUGACAAAAGCAGGUUCAGCUGGUUUCACAGCAAAUAGUUCCCUUCCUGCAAUAUCAAGCCAGUCGAUCUAUUGGUCCAAUAGAGCAGACAAUGCAUCAGAGUCGUUGGGUUCAGUUGUCAACAAAGAAUCUGGUGAAAAGAGAAAGAGUAGUGGAGCAGGCUGCCGUUUGUUUGGUAUUCAGCUUUUUGAUCAUUCCAAUUUGGAUGAAUCUUCUACUGGGGUUGAUGAGGAUCUUCCAGUUCCAUCUUUGGAGGCUGAAUCUGAUAGAUCCAAUGUUAAUCGAUCUGAUGUGCCUUCACUGAGCUGUGAUCCUGACAAAUCUUCACAGAGAUCUCCAUCGGAAUCUCAGAGUAAACAAAGUCGUACCUGCACAAAGGUUCAUAUGCAAGAUGUGGCUGUUGGGAGGGCUGUAGAUUUGACACGUUUUGAGUGUUAUGAGGACCUUCUUAAGAAACUGGAGCUGUUGUUUGAUAUUAAAGGGGAGCUCUGUUGUUCGUCAGGGAAAUGGCAGGUUGUCUACACAGAUGAUGAAGAUGAUAUGAUGAUGGUUGGAGAUGAUCCAUGGCAUGAGUUUUGCAGCAUGGUCAAAAAAAUCUUUAUCUACACAUCUGAAGAAGUCAAACGUCUCUCGCCUAAGAGUAAAAUCAGUGUCGAAGAGGAUGCCAAACCAGGCUAUAUUGAUGCUGAUUUGCCAGCCGCUUCUGAGGAGCAAUCAUCCGCUGUAGGCCCUAGUUGCUAAGUUGGCAUCCUGGAAACCUGAGACGAAACUCAGAAAACUGUCCUGGCUCAAGUCAAAAUAAUGGAAAAAAAGAACAAACUAAACUGCAGUAGAGAAAGAGGAGGGAACAUAGGAAGAGGGGGAAGUUGAUAGUAAAACUUCUUACCUUGGUUUUGACAAGCGAUAUGAGUAAUGUAAUUCGGUAUGCAAUGAAGCAACUAUGCAGCAUGUGAAGGGGAAUUGCUGACUCUUAGUAUGCUGGUCGUUGUCGAUUUGUCGUAGUAGUUUAGCUUUACAUUUUCUUCUAAUAUUUUGCCGGGGGAUCUCUGUUAUGUUCCUCGUGAAGAAAUUAAAUAGGUUAAGGAAGCUGGUCUCUGUAUCAUGUGCUGCUAAACAUGAGAGCUGACUAGUUUUAGUUUGCCUUCCAUACUCUCCGUGUACUCCCCCCCUCUUCCUCUGAUGUAUGACCAGAUAAUACCUUCGUUUUGUAUAUAUAAAGAUGUUUAUUUAUA